GUCCUGCGCCUGGGGUCACCGGGGUGCUGGCGGGGCUUGUCCCGGGGCGCUGCCUCGCCCCACCGCGAUACCGUCUCGCCCCACCGCGAUACCGUCUCACCCCGCCGGGGUGAGCCAUCGGUUCCUGCCCCACCGGCAACACACACCGUAAUUAGCACAGGCAGGGCGGAAGCAUCGGUGAUAAUUGGCAGUGACUCGUUAGCACUGGAGCGCCGGGUGCCCGGGGUGCGGCAGGACUUUCCGGCAGGGCUGGUCUGUGGGACCGGUUGUCAUCCCGACCCACCGGGGCUGUGCGGGGCCGGGCCGGCUCCCUGCCCCCGGAGUGGAGCCGGGACCGAACGCGGGGGCGAGGGUUGUCAUCGCCUUCGCUUCGUGUCACAGCAAGUCCCAGCCCUGUCACCCCCUUGUAAAAAGCAGGGCUGUGGCAGAGGAGGGGCACUGCCGGCACGGACGGUGAGAGCGCAGGGACCGGGCGGACCGCAGGGGAGGAAAGGGAGUGUUGGGGGGUGCACUUUGCUGGCCAGGCUUUUCCCACAGGCUUCCCGUAGUGCCCACGCCUCCCCAGAGGAGGGGACUUGGCUUGUGCCCUCGCAGAGGUGGGUGCCCACAGUGCCAUGAACCGGAUCACGGUGUACGAGCGGGCCAACUUCGAGGGGCUGAGCCGGGAAUUCACCUGCGACGUGCCCGACCUGCACGAGCUGGAUUUCGGGGACUGCAUCGCCUCCCUGAAGGUGGUGGGGCAGCCCUGGAUCGCCUACACGGACCCCAAGUACGAGGGGGAGCCACAUGCCUUUGAGGAGGGUGAGUACCCCUCCGUGGGGCGGCCCAACAGCUUCUCGGCGCUGCGCCUGGUGCACCACGACCUGGGGGACCCACAGAUCACCCUCUACGAGCGCCCCAACUUCCAAGGCGCCUGCAAGGUGGUGACAGAGGAGACGAACUUGGCAUAUGGGUACUUUAACGACCGGGUGGCCUCUCACGUGGUGCAGCGAGGCGUCUGGCUGCUCUACCAGCAUCCCGGCCGGGGUGGCUGGCACUGCUUGGCGUGGCCUGGAGAGCGUCUUGCAGACUACAAACCCGGGCUGAACUUCCAGUCUCGGCUGUCCCACCUGCGCCCACUAAAGCCAGGGCGUCCCCUGGUCUCAGCACGUCUCCUCUGGGAGCAGAAGAAGGUGGAGGAGGAGCGGGAGGUGCUGGUGGAUGAGAUCGAGGGGCUGAAUGAGACAGAGUCGGAGCAGGUGCUGACGGCCAGCAGCAGCCGGGAGUACAGCACCACGCUCUGGCAGAGCUUCCACUUCAGCAACUCCACCAGCCUCAAGGCUGGGGUCUCCUUCACCUUGACUGUGGAAGCCUCUAACGUCUUCACGGUGCAGAAAGGACGUAGCGAAUCCAGCACCCGCCGAGAACGUGUGGAGGUGCAGCUGCCAGCCAAGAUCCCGCCACGCACAGCGCUCAGCAUCCAGGUCUUGCGGAAGGAGGUGACGCUCUCCGUCCCGGUCCUGCUCACCAUCACCCAGAAUGAAGAUGUCCGUACAGAGAUGGGCGAGUAUCACAGUGUCUCGGGUACCAACAUCAGUGCUCGCUAUAGCCUGAAGCCUCUGCCCGGCAGGGAGCAGGCAGCCACUGGGGGGACAGGGACAGCGCCUGGCACCAGGACGGACCUAUAGGUGUCCGUCCCCUCAGUGGUGUGGGACC